AGGCUCUUUAAAGCUGCUGUGUGUCUGCAUGCAGUCUAUCGGACCUAUCUCACCUGAAAACCCCUCUGAAUACCGAAAAACGGGAUAAAACACAGCGGUUAUGGAGGCUAGAGGUGUUCUAGUUCUGUGUUUCGUCUGCCAGUGCGCGUUUAUCGGCGCGCGUGGCGACAAAAAGGACAUUUACGCGAGAGUUGUGGAUUUGGUGGCUCCAGGUGAAGAGUUCCUCACAGAAGAUGCGCUUCUCUCGGUGUUUGAACGGCUGGAGAACCGUGUGCAGUGCUCCGGUGUGUCGUGUGGAAAGUGUCUUUCAGUGGAUCAUCUCUCGCAGCUGUUGAGUAACUACAGCAGCUCUCAGGGGCUUCAGAUGGAGGAUUUCUUCACCGUGGCUCCUGCAUGCUGCUUGUUCCUCAGCGCUCCGCUGGAGACCUGCGGGGCCAUACAGGAGGGCCGCUGGGGCGAAGAGACCCAUCACUUCAUCGAAACGAUCUAUGGCCACGACCACGACCACAAUAGCACCACCGAUCAUCCUCCUCAUGGAGACAUCAGUGAAUUUGAGGGUUUGGAGAAGAUGUUUCUCGAGAUGGAGAAAUACUAUCAGCCUGACACACAUGAGCCCUGUCUCACUCUGAAGGACAUCCUGGAAGAGAGCAGCUAUCAGCACGGUGAUCACACGCACACAGAGCUGGAUGCCGUGAUGGGAAACGUCCUCUAUCACGCUCUGCGUGGAGACUGCAUGAAAGCACACCACCUUCCUGAGCAGCAGUACUUCCUGGAUUACAUCUUCAGCCAUUACGGCUCUGAUAAUCUCACGCUUCAUGAUUUUGAGGGGCUUCUAAAGGCUUUAAACCUGGGUGGAGAGGAACAUGUACAUGAUGACCAUGAUGCUGACGAGCACAGCACAGAGACCCACAGGCAGAGGCAUCUGGAUGCCCAUCAGACCAACAACAGCUGGGACACGGCCUGUUUCAGCGCUGGAGACCUGUUGAGGAUUCACCGGCUGAACUCUUCAUCACUGAGCAGAGAUCAGUUCACACAGAUCAGCCCUGCUCUGAUUCAGCAGAUCCUCAGCGGAGGCUGUUCUGAGAUCAGUCCCGCACCCGUCAGCCCGGAUUCACUCAGCACUGCCGAGAGAUAUGGAUACGCCACGCUGGCCAACCUCAUCAUCUGUCUGAUGGCCAUGUUUGGGAUCGUGGUGCUGCUGUUCUCCGCGUGCACACAAGUGUUCGAGCUCUGCAUCCAGUUCUGCAUCAGUCUGGCUGUGGGAUCUCUGACGGGCGACGCUCUGCUGCAUCUGCUGCCCGCGGUGAAUGCCGAAAAAAAUGAGAAGUCCUUCCUGGAACCUGUUGGCCCCAAAAGAGAGCAGCGUAUACUUCCCUACAUGAUCACCAUUGGAGACGGCAUCCAUAACUUUGCGGACGGUCUGGCGAUCGGUGCAGCGUUCUCCAUCUCGUGGCGGUCCGGUCUGGCCACGUCUCUGGCUGUGCUCUGCCAUGAGCUGCCACAUGAGUUAGGGUACCCAAACUUGGCCGUGGAGGACCGGUGUCCUAAAGAAUUUAGCUCCACCUUGCCUCAAAACACCUGCCAGGAAGAUUCUAGUAUAAGAGCUUGA